AUGGACUUCAUCGGUAUUGGAUUUUCCGUGUUCCUGUUGGCCAUCGCAGUGGUCAGUUGUGAUGGUUCAAUAGGUGGACCACUAAAGAGAUUUGACGGUUGCGGUGUAUGUGGUGGUGACAAUAGCACGUGUCGUUUAAUUUCUGGUAUUUUCACUAGACCCGACAUGCCAACAGGAUACAAUUUAAUUACCAGAUUACCAAAAUCUGCUUGCAAUAUCACCAUUAGCGAACUUAAACCAUCUGCUAAUAACAUAGCGUUGAAACAUACUGUCGGGCUUUACAUUUUGAAUGGAAAUUGGACGAAUAGUUGGCCAGGAGACUACGAAGGAGCUGGUACGGUAUUCACGUAUCGGAAAGAAAACGGUAAUUUGGGCGAAUCCAUAUUUGCCGCGGGACCGCUAUCAGAGUCCGUAGACCUCAUUUUGGUGUUCAGGUACACGAAUCCCGGUAUAAAGUACGAAUACAAACUGCCACUGGACGCCCCUGCGCAGGACGAGUCGAUCACGCCGCCGUUGAUCAGACACCAUUCGCACAUGUCUGCAUAUUAUCCAGGAAACUAUUUGCCGGUUGGCGACGAAGCGUACGCGACGGAUAAAGGGUCGGAACUCGACAACGAAGACAAGACGAAAUUCAACCAGGACCAACCGCACGGAGCACCGUCGGAGUAUCAAGGAUUCAUUGGCGACGAAGCUGCAAAACCGCGUAACAAAGGCAGGAAAAAGAAAUUUAUAUGGAAAUUGACCGGCUAUUCAGAAUGCACCAAGACUUGUGGCGGAGGGUAUCAGACGUCCACGAUGGUGUGCAUCAAAGAACACAAUCAGCAGCAGCAAAUCGUCGCAGACAAACGGUGCCACGGACUGGAGAAACCACAACCCCAGGUGCUAAGAUGCAACGUGAAACCAUGCGAGGCGCAGUGGUCGAUCACCGACUGGAGCCCUUGCUCGGUUGGUUGCGGCUUGGGAGUCCAGACCCGGGAGAUGGCGUGCAGGCAGCAAAUCAAUCCCACGCUGACGAUGAAUGUGGACGAGUCGGCUUGUCCGUCGCCCAUGCCAGCCAACGUCAUCCUGUCCAAAGCCUGUCAGAGGCCGCCUUGUGAUUCCACCCAAUCCGACGGGACCUCGCAUUGGAUAGCUGGCACUUGGUCCAAAUGUUCCACGACUUGCGGCACUGGCAUCAAGUCAAGGUCGGUUAGCUGUUCGUCGGCCAACGAAACCGAAUGCAAGCCCAACGAGAAACCACCGCAUCAGACCACCUGCGACAUGGGCCCAUGUGCGAUGGCCCUUUCCAACGCCGUUGGUUCGUGGAUUCUAUCGGAUUGGUCUCAGUGUUCAGAAACAUGUGGCACAGGUACUCAAACUAGAAAGGUUUAUUGUUCGUUAGGAAUUGAUCGUGAGAACGCAUGUGAUCAAUCAAUAAAACCAGAGGGGAGCAGAGCUUGCCUGAGUGACAAAGAUUGUAGUGGACUUUGGUUUACAGGACCUUGGUCGCAAUGUUCUGAAAUGUGUGGUUGGGGUAAUCAAACAAGAACUUCGGUUUGUAUGUCUUACGAUCAAAGAGAAUGGAAAGUUGUUCCCCAGAGCCAGUGUUCCGGCAAAGAAAAGCCGUCCAUGACCAUGUCGUGUUUCACCGAAAACUGCGAUUCUAAUUGGUUCACUUCGGAGUGGCUACCGUGCUCGAGGUCGUGCGACUUGGGUGUUCAGAAACGAGACGUCAAGUGUCUCAAUGAAGUAUUGAAACCAUCAUUGGAGUGUGAUGAAUCGAACAAACCACCGGCCAGACGGUCUUGUAACUUAAGUCAAUGCGUCAAUAGUUAUUCAGCACAAGUAACAAGUGAAGAGAGCCGAAUCGAAAGAGAGAACAAGCCAAUAUCGACCAGUACUCAACAACCAUCGGAUCUAGAUGAUCCCAAGUGUGUUGACAUUCAACACAGAAAUUGUAAUUUCGUCGCCCAAGCCAGAUUGUGCUCUUACAAGUAUUAUAAAAUUUCAUGUUGCAACUCUUGUCGAAACAAAACGUAA